AUGAACUGUAUGGGUGAAAUAGUCAUCGUUUCUUUUCCUGCUCUUUUAAGGCCAACAAGAGUGCCACCAAAUUCGAGAUUCAUGAACCCAUGGGUAGUGUUUGUCACUGUCAUUGCGGUGGUAGGGAUCGCGGCCAUGAUCGUAGGUCUACUCAUUCACUAUUUAGCUUUCGAUCAGAAGUCUUGCUUUUACCAUAGUAACGUUCCAAUAAUGAAUGUUGAAUACAAUGAUCAGUUAAGCUCACCAGGUACACAAGAAUACAGAAUUUUGAGUGAAAGAAUUGAAUCUAUGAUUACUAGUGCAUUCCGACAAUCAAAUUUAAGAAAUCAGUUUAUCAGAGCCCAUGUUGUCAGACUGAGGAAAGACGGUAAUGGCGUGGUAGCAGACGUCGUCAUGAAGUUCCGAUUCAGUAGACAUAAGAAUGGCGAGUCGAUGAAAGGCAGAGUUCAAGCUGUCUUACAACACAUGCUGAAUAAUUCCGGAAAUCUGGAAACAAACCCUGCAACUGAGAUAACAUCAAUUACUGACCAAGAUACAGAAAAUAUUUUGACUCAAGCAUGUGGGGCCCGUCCAGACCUCAUUACACUGUCUGCAGAGAGAGUCAUUGGAGGUACUCAAGCUGAGGAGGGCGAUUGGCCAUGGCAAGUCAGUCUGCAGGUCAACGGUGCCCACCACUGUGGAGGGGUCCUGAUCAGUAACCUGUGGGUCCUGACAGCAGCUCACUGCUUCAGAAGCUAUUCUAAUCCUCAACAAUGGACUGCCACCUUUGGUGUUUCCACAAGAGCCCCUAGACUGAGAGUGAGAGUGAGGACUAUUUCCAUCCAUCACAAUCACACACCUGCAACUCAUGAGAAUGACAUUGCAGCUGUGCAGCUGGAGAGGGCUGUCACCUUCACCAGAGAUAUCCACCGGGUGUGUCUGCCUGCAGCCACCCAGAGUGUCAGCCCUGGUUCCACUGCUUAUGUAACAGGAUGGGGCUCACUAACUUAUGCUGGCAACACAGUCACACAACUACGGCAAGGACAAGUCAGAAUAAUAAGUACUAGUGAAUGUAAUGCACCCUCCAGUUAUAACGGAGCCAUCUUGCCUGGAAUGCUGUGUGCUGGGUUACUUACAGGUGCAGUGGACGCAUGCCAGGGAGAUUCUGGUGGCCCACUCGUUCAAGAAGACUCACGGCGGCUUUGGUUUCUUGUGGGGAUAGUGAGCUGGGGCUAUCAGUGUGGCGUGCCCAAUAUGCCAGGAGUGUACACUCGGGUGACAGCAUACCGGGACUGGAUCAGACAAGAAACUGGGGUCUAG